CCCGGGCCACACGGCGUUCAACCUCUCUCCGCGCCGAGCACCACCGGGUUCACUGCAGCCCCAGGAGUCUCGCUCACGGCGCCCCUCUCCCCGUUCGCCCCACCUCAGGUCGAAGAAGAAGAGACACAGGGGCAUAGCCACGUCCAGAUGGCGCACGCAAGGCCGGGGACCGAAUUGGUGGUGUACAAAGGCAAGACUGUGGAAGCCAUCCUGGCUGGAAUGAGCACAAACAUCAAAGUGGCCAUCGAGAUCAGCAACAAGUCGAAAUACACCCUGCACAAACAAUCAUGUUUCCUGGAUGCUGGUGUGGAGGACUACUCCCCACACUCAGAAAUCAUCUCCGGUGAGAAGCGAGCCUGUGGCUUCCGUAAGCUCAACAUGUCACUGAAGGGCUGUUACGGGGUCCUGCGCUACUGCAUCAAGGACAACAGCAAGUGCCUGGACAUCAUGUUCAGCAACCCCUACUCGAGCGGCGUCUUCAGCCGAGAGGUGGCCAUACAGCUGCAGGACCUCGCCAACGUGGCCGCACCAUCCGCCAGGCUCCUGACCGAGAUGUACAACUCGAAGGUGACGGAGGAUACGUUCGACAAGAAAGGAGCGGGGGACUCCAACGCCGUGGUGGAGGACAAAAAGGAAUUGAACAUUAAGGUGACGGCCAACAUGCAGGACAGCGCGGAGUCCAUCGUCCGUAUAGAGCUGACGGAUAUUCCUCACGCAAAGCAGAUCAUUGUAAAGAGCUCUCCAGCCAUGAGCGAGUAGGGUUGCGCUUUAAAAUCACCAUCAUCAGAUUGACAAAGGCAUUUUUCUUUAUAACCUCGGAUUAGCACGGUUGGCUAUGUAUGGUGGGAAAGAUUUUCAACAUAUAUAUACUGUGAGGGGAAAAAGUAUUUGAUCCCCUGCUGAUUUUGUACGUUUGCCCACUGACAAAAGAAUUAUCAGUCUAUAAUUUUAAUGGUAGGUUUAUUUGAACAGUGAGAGACAGAAUAACAACAACUAAAUCCAGAAAAACGCAUGUCAAAAAUGUUAUAAAUUGAUUUGCAUUUUAAUGAGGGAAAUAAGUAUUUGACCCCCUCUCAAUCAGAAAGAUUUCUGGCUCCCAGGUGUCUUUUAUACAGGUAACGAGCUGAGAUUCGGAGCACAUUCUUAAAGGGAGUGCUCCUAAUCUCAGCUUGUUACCUGUAUAAAAGACACCUGUUCACAGAAUAAAUCAAUCAAUCAGAUUCUAAACUCUCCACCAUGGCAAGACCAAAGAGCUCUCCAAGGAUGCCAGGGACAAGAUUGUAGACAUACACAAGGUUGGAAUGGGCUACAAGACCAUCGCCAAGCAGCUUGGUGAGAAGGUGACAACAGUUGGUGCGAUUAUUUGCAAAUGGAAGAAACACAAAAGAACUGUCAAUCUCCCUCGGCCUGGGGCUCCAUGCAAGAUCUCACCUCGUGGCGUUGCAAUGAUCAUGAUAACGGUGAGGAAUCAGCCCAGAACUACACGGGAGGAUCUUGUCAAUGAUCUCAAGGCAGCUGGGACCAUAUUCACCAAGAAAACAGUUGGUAACACACUACGCCGUGAAGGACUGAAAUCUUGCAGCGCCCGCAAGGUCCCCCUGCUUAAGAAAGCACAUAUACAUGACCGUCUGAAGUUUGCCAAUGAACAUCUGAAUGAUUCAGAGGACAACUGGGUGAAAGUGUUGUGGUCAGAUGAAACCAAAAUGGAGCUCUUUGGCAUCAACUCAAUUCGCCGUGUUUGGAGGAGGAGGAAUGCUGCCUAUGACCCCAAGAACACCAUCCCCACCGUCAAACAUGGAGGUGGAAACAUUACGCUUUGGGGUGUUUUUCUGCUAAGGGGACAGGACAACUUCACCGCAUCAAAGGGACGAUGGACGGAGCCAUGUACCGUCAAAUCUUGGGUGAGAACCUCCUUCCCUCAGCCAGGCCAUUGAAAAUGAGUCGUGGAUGGGUAUUCCAGCAUAACAAUGACCCAAAACACACGGCCAAGGCAACAAAGGAGUGGCUCAAGAAGAAGCACAUUAAGGUCCUGGAGUGGCCUAGCCAGUCUCCAGACCUUAAUCCCAUAGAAAAUCUGUGGAGGGAGCUGAAGGUUCGAGUUGCCAAACGUCAGCCUCGAAACCUUAAUGACUUGUAGAAGAUCUGCAAAGAGGAGUGGGACAAAAUCCCUCCUGAGAUAUGUGCAAACCUGGUGGCCAACUACAAGAAACGUCUGACCUCUGUGAUUGCCAACAAGGGUUUUGCCACCAAGUACUAAGUCAUGUUUUGCAGAGGGGUCAAAUAUUUAUUUCCCUCAUUAAAAUGCAAAUCAAUUUAUAAAAUUUUUGACAUGCGUUUUUCUGGAUUUUGUUGUUGUUAUUCUGUCUCUCACUGUUCAAAUAAACCUACCAUUAAAAUUAUAGACUGAUCAUUUCUUUGUCAGUGGGCAAACGUACAAAAUCAGCAGGGGAUCAAAUACUUUUUUCCCUCACUGUAGAUUCACACAGAGACACGUAGACUUACACAAGCGACCCAUAGACUCACACAAGAGACACAUAGACUCACGCAAGAGACACACAGACUCACACAAGAGAUCCAUAGACUCACGCAAGAGACACAUAGACUCACACAAGAGACCCAUAGACGCAAACAAGAAACCCAUAGACUCACGCAAGAGACCCAUAGACUCACGCAAGAGACCCAUAGACUCACACAAGAGACACAUAGACUCACGCAAGAGACACAUAGACUCACACAAGAGACCCAUAGACUCAUGCAAGAGACACAUAGACUCGCACAAGAAACUCAUAGACUUACAGAGACCUAUAGACUAACACAGAGACCCAUAGUUUGUUGCCCUUUCUCCGCACCGAUUAGCACGGUAGGCUACAUACGAUACGAAAGAAGUUCAACAUACAUACGUACCUAGCGUUGCCACCUUUGAAUUGAACACAAUGUGGAUAUAGAUUACCCAUGGCUUUAAAUCUUGUAUUUUUUAGUGCUCUGCAUUAGGGUUAUAUUAAAAUAGAAAUAUUACAUAAAAUGAACGUAAUUAAGUGAAUUUAAUAAUACAACGAAUAUUAUAAGAACUUACAGGUGUGGUAGAGUGAUAUUGUAUGGCACAUUCCAUGAUUACAACUGGAACAAGCGAGGAGGUGCAGCACCUGGCCUACCUCAGGCGGUAAAUCAAAUCUGUACAUGUUGAGUGAACCCCAAUCCCAUCAGAAUAGAAUUAUAGUGCAGGCCGGAACACCACACGCACUACCUCAAGACAUGCUGAUUCUUAUUUAACAUAGGCACAGGGGCGCUAUAGCCAAAUAUGUGCACUACAUCGCCUUAUAUGUAGGAGGGCGUGGUUUCGAUCCCGACCCUGAUGCCUGUGUAUUUGCAGUUUGCAUGUCUCUCUUUCCCUGUGUUUGCGUGGAUUUUUCUCUAGAUCAUCCGUUUUUUCCCUCUAUUUAGAAUCAACAUCACGCUUUUCGAGUAUUUGGCUGUUAUAAGUUUCCACAUGAUAAGCCACUUUUGUGGCCAGGUCGCUACUGAAUAAGCUAUAUAGGUAAGUGGGCCUUAUCUGGCAAAAUAAACGUUUAGUUAGUUUAGUUUUCACACACACCUCAGAUUAGCACGGUUGGCUACGUACGGUGCGAAAAAUAUUCUACACACAAUAUUGCGUGUGUUAUUUGUCUGACACCGAAGGCAGUUGUGUAAAUUCCACAUUUCUAUGCUGGGGGGAGGAUGUUUAUCCCUGUAUCUUGUGUAUUUUUGUA